GUCAGUCAGCCAGCCACUCGGUGCCAUGAUGUCUAAGUACUGUACAUCGCAAGCUGAAGCAUAAGGCUACUUAUUGUAUCAGAGUAUGCGGAAUGUCGUGACCAGCAAGCUACCUGCUGAUGUCAUCUCAGACUCUGGAGUGCCACCUGGAUACGAAGUGUUGUGAACAUCCCUGCAAGUGCAUUGACUUGCAUGGUGGGGUGAGGAGACCACUCUUUCUCCUGCUGACGUGUGCUCACUGAAUUUGGUAAUAUAGAUUUUUUCACCCUAGUCUGGCAGCUUGGCUGCUCACCUAAAUCCAGAUGAAUGAAGACCCCAUUCGGGAAGACAGCGGGCCAGAGAUCCAGAGCUGAUGCAGGGCACGCAGGUGUUUCUGCAGGUAUGAUGAAGAAAACGAAAAAUUCCCACAAGAAGCACAAGACCAAUGUGGGCCCCAGCAAGCCUGUCUCCCAGCCCAGACGGAACAUCGUGGGCUGCAGGAUACAGCACAACUGGAAGGAGGGGAGCGGCCCCGCCACGCAGUGGAAGGGCACGGUCCUGGACCAGGUGCCCGUCAACCCCUCGCUCUACCUGAUCAAGUACGACGGCUUCGACUGCGUCUACGGGCUGGAGCUCCACAAAGACGACCGGGUGCAGGGGCUCGAGGUCCUGCCCGACAGAAUCGCCUCUUCUCGGAUCAGUGACGCCCACCUGGCAGACACCAUGAUCGGCAAGGCCGUGGAGCACAUGUUCGAGACGGAGGACGGAUCCAAGGACGAAUGGAGGGGGAUGGUCCUGGCACGGGCUCCCAUUAUGAACACAUGGUUUUAUAUCACUUACGAGAAGGAUCCCGUUUUAUACAUGUAUCAGCUCCUAGACGAUUACAAAGAGGGCGACCUUCGGAUAAUGCCUGAUUCAAAUGACUCGCCCCCCGCGGAGCGCGAACCGGGAGAGGUGGUGGACAGCCUGGUGGGAAAGCAAGUGGAGUAUGCCAAAGAAGACGGCUCCAAAAGAACUGGCAUGGUCAUCCAUCAGGUCGAGGCCAAACCAUCCGUGUAUUUCAUCAAGUUCGACGACGACUUCCACAUCUACGUCUACGAUUUGGUAAAAACGUCCUAGGUGCGUUGAUAUCCGAGGAUUGGAGGAAAAAGAAAGAAAAAUAAAAAAGUCAAAAAAAAAUAAAUAAAUAAAAUAAAAUAAGCAACAGACUUUGCCAAAUCUUCUGAACGUUGUUGCUCUAGACAACUUGAGACAAGAUGGAUAUUUGCUUCGCAGGCUCUCACUGAAGCCCGUGGUUUCCUGGAGCCCUCGGACACCACUAGCAAAGGGCAUGUGUUCAUUAUUUCCAGAAGAAGGGAGAGCUCUGCACAACUUGAUAUUAAACACAUUUUGCAAGAAAUAUUACCAGGAGGAUGCAAUUCUAAAGAUCCUGACCCCCCCAAGGGAAAUCUGAAGGAUUUAUCACAUCUUUCACUGACAAAAGAAUUAAGAUUAAGGGUUAUGCACAUUGCAAGUAGUACUAUGCAUUGUUUGGAGUGUGCAAAUCCCUUAAGGAAUGCAACCUUGUUUUGGAAAAGCAAAUCAAGCAAGUCAUAUUUUUUAUUGAUUUCAUAACUUCUUUUUUUUAAUGUUUUGCUAUCUUUAUUUUUUUUUGUUGAGGGAGGAGAGAAUUGUUUCAUAUGUUGUCACGAAAAGGAUCAUGCUAAUUUG